AUCGCCCGCCAUAGGCAUCUUCCAAAAGGAGGUGCUAAUCUCGUGUUGCAGUAACUGUAAGGGAGAAUUGCAGGAAGGAAGAAAGUGUGCGGAUCAGAUCCAUCGCGUGAGGAAGAAACAAGAAAGAAGAAACCCAGAUUACCGCCGAUACAUUAUAAUGGUGAAAGUAGAGAAGUUUUGUCUCUACGAGGACCUCAAAUAUGCUGUAACAUCAAAUGUCUGGACUGUCGAUAAAUUGGCAGAACAUGCAAAACAUGUGCAAGAAGAUGACAAGAUGGAUUUGGGGUACAAGGAGCUCCUUGUGUCGAUUCUCUGUAAUGAAAAUGGAUUAAAAUUCGAUGACAAGAGUAAAGACACUAACAAUAGUGUCGUGAAGGAGACAGUGGAUAAAGGAUCGGUGUCUCCGGACAAGGGACAAGAAAAAUCCAGCAGAAAGAAAGUCGCUUACGAGAAGAAGCCACAGCCACAAGGAGAAGUUGAGUCACAAAAGAAAGGAAGCCACAAUGAUGGAGGACGUCAUCGUCUCUCGGAGAAGACACAAUUGCAAGGAAGGUUUGAAUCACAGAACAAAAGAAGUCGCAAUGAUGGUGGACGUCGUCCUGUCUCGGAGAAGGCGCAACUGCCGGGAAGAGUUGAGACACAAAACAAAGGAAGCCGCAAUGAUAGUGGACGUCGACAUGUCUCGGAGAAAACUCAACCUCAAGGAGGAGUUGAGUCACAGAACAAAGGAAGCCGCAAUGAUGGUGGACGUCGUCGUGUCUCAGAAAGAGUUAUACCGGAAGGACGUGAAUCGCAAGUUAAGCUCGUGGUGGAGAAAUCCCGACCACCACCGGUGAUUGAAUCGAAGAAAAAGGAAGGAUGCGGCAAUGAUGGUGGACGUUCGGUGGUGGAGAAACCCCGGCGACUAGUAAUUGAGUCGCAAAACAAGAAAGGUUACGGCAAUGAUGGUGGAUUACCGGUGGUGGAGAAAUCCCGGCCACCACCGGUAAUUGAGUCGCAGAAGAAGGAAGCAUGUGGCGAUGACGGGGGAUGUUUUGCAUUGAAUGAGAUUGGAGCUGAACUGCAAGAACUCGAACCAUGUCACGACCAAAGAGGCCGGGGGAGAGGGAGAGGCCGAGGCAGGGGAAGGGGCCGUGGCCGCGGCCGAGGCAGAGGUCGAGGUCGGGGAAGAAUCCGAGCUGGAAGUUCUAACAGUGAUGAAUUUUGCGACUCGGAGGAGGAAACACAGAGCGAUGACUCUUACAGUGAGGGAGGAGGCAGCGACGAUAGUUAUGCCGUGGAGCAGAUCAAACGAAGAGGAUUGAAAUCACGGCGAUGCCCGAGCAGUGGAGAUGAUUGCAACGACGAUGAUGAUAAUUACGCCUUGGAGCAGAACGAGCCAAAGAGGAUUGAAUGGCACAACCGGCGAAUAGGUGUAGAUGUUAGCGACGACAAUGAUGGUUAUGAAUUGGAGCACAUCGGCGCGAAAAGGCUCGGAUCAAUCAAUCGGCAAAGAAGUGGAGUCGCCAAGAAAGGUGUGCUUAAGAUCAGGAGGGAGAAGAAACAUCCAUGCUGCAAUUGCGGAUCACAUUGCCGUCGGAAAGAGAGAGACGAAAUGGUUGUUUACAGCGCCAACGUGUGCGAGGAUACAGACGAUUCUCAUUUUGAGGAGACGGAUGAUUCUUGUUCUGAUGAUCUCUCGGAGAUGGAUGAUGAUUUCUCAGACUAUUUUCAGGAGGAUGACAACUCUGGCGCAGAUGAAUUCGAAACAUCCGAGGACUCACAACACGACCAAUAUACGGAUUCAGAUGAAGGAUGCAGUGAAGACUCUCGGAGAGCUAUUCCGAUCCCCAGAACUGUGUGUUCGAAGACUUUAACUUCAAGUCUGAAACAUGGCGCUGCGAAACUUAAGCAUGGCCAUGAGGAGGUAUGUAGAAUGAGCGGUUGCAAGAGAGAAAAGGGAACAGAGUCGAGCAAGGCGACACUUAAGCGCGGUAUUUUUGUGUCCAAGGAUAAGGAAGCUGUGAGUGAGGAGGUAUACAGAAUGACCAGCAAAAAUGGAGCAAAGCGGAAGGGAUCGAGCAGCAUUGUGGGGCGACAAACUGAACCUUACAGAAAACUUUUACUUGACAAUGAGGAGAAUAGUCCUGUCCAUAAAUGUGGUGUUUCUUGUGUUGCGAAAAAGAUGAGCCAUGUAGUAAAUUAUGAGGCCGAGAAGGAGAGGGAACUCAUUGGAGCUAUGAAACAGGGAGGGGGAAGUUUAGACAGGAUGCCUGUUGUGGAGAAUCAGCUGACCCUAGUCGAUCCGUCUGCUUCAGUUAACAGGAUGAUAUCUGUAUCCAGUGCGCCGAAAAAACAGUGGCUGACUAGAAAUAUGCUCGAGCGCAGCCACGAGCAAUCUGCAGCUGGAAAGACAUCAAGGAUAGCCGAGAAUGUGAAAAGUUCCCCUAACAAUGUGGCAGCGUUUCCUGGAAAUCGCCAGCUCGAAGAUAAUGCGCAAGAUCAGGAGGAUCGCCAUGUCGUCUGCACGUGUAAGGCUUGUAGUGUUUCGAAUAAGAGAAGCUCUGUGACGAAUCUGGAGGGGAAGAGAGAGAGGGAACCAACUGGUGCUAUGAUCCAGAGAAUCGGCGGCUCAGAAAGGAUGACUGGUGUCGACAAACAGCGCAAGCAGGACGUGUCAUCUGCUUCAGCUAACAGGAUAUAUGGACUGAAUACUCCAAAGAAACACGGUCGAAAGCCGUCAGCUUCUGCAAACAUUUCUGGAUUAAAUGCUGAGAAGAAGCAGUCCCUGAGUAGAAGUAUGCGCAAGCACAAUUCUGAACAACCUCCAGUUCCGAAGCAGCCAAGAAGUGGAGCUAGGACAGUGAAGAGUAUGAGAAUUUCACCUUACAAAGAGAUUGCUGCUAGUGUUCCAAAUCACGACGACUCCCCUGUCCAUGGCUCCAACGCUUCUUGUGUCGCGAACAAGAAGGGCCAGGCAGCAAAUCAUGAUGGCGAGGAGAGGAAACUUACCGGUGCUAUGAGCCAUGGAAUUAGUGGUUUAGCUAGGAAGAGUGGCGUGGAGAACCAUCAAGUGUCGACUGGUGCAGCUAACAGGAUGUCUGAAUCGAUUGCUCCAAAGAAACGUUGGCUGAGUCGCGAAAUGUACAAGCACACUCAUGAGCAGCCUGUGGUGGAGAAAAGAUCGAGGGAUGGAGCUAAUAUGGCGGCAGCUUCUGAUCGUUAUAAACUCCAUCAUAAUGUUCGACAUCAGGAGGAUGUCGAUGUCCCUACCCAUAAGUAUAAUGCUCGUAGCAGUCGGAGCAAGAAGAGCUUUGCAGUGGAUUAUGAGGAAGAUGCGGGAGUUCGUGACAUGGAUAUGAUGCUCAGCGUCAAGAAUCAGCGCAAGCACGACGUGCAAUCUGAUCCAUCUAAUUCAGCGUCUGGAUUCAAUUAUCCAUUGAAGAAACGCGGUUGGAAGGCUGACGAUGUGACGCCUUCAGCUCGAAAGAAAUCUAGAUUGAGUGAUCCUAAGAAACAUUUUUCGAGUAGAAGUAUGCGCGAGCAGACAUCGAGGAAUUCCGCGGAAGCUCCUGAAUAUUGUCAAGCUCAUCAUAGUGUUCAAAACCAGGAGGAUCACCAUUUCUCCAAGUGUAAAGGUCAUAGUGUUGCAAAAAGGAAGAGCUCUGCAGUGAGACAAGAGGCAGAGGAGCAGAGAGAGCUAACUGUUGCUAAGAACCCGAGAGUAAUCACGCCAGAUUCGAUGCCUGGUGCAGAGAAACGGUACAAGGAUGAUGCAAUGUCUGCGCCAAAGAAACGGGGUCGAAAGCCUGGUGUCGCAUCUGCUUCGACUAUCAUGGAAUCUGGAGUGAGUGCUUGGAAAGAACAUGAUACAGGCAAGAAGAAGAGACAGAAUACUGAACCUGCAGAUAAUCAGCAUGAGCAUCAUCGAAAGAAGGCCAAGAGCUUGACUAUGUCGAAGAAUGUGGCUGAAAAGGCAAAACAGUACUCAAGUGGUAAAGACAAGACUGUGGAGGGAGCUAAAAGUGCUAUGGGAAACAAGAAAGGUAAAGAAGAAAACAAGUCUAGAACCAAAUUGGAAGGGGUCACAAGCUCUUUUUUGUCUUGGAAGAAAUUCGGCAGUACUGAGAAAGCUGGAAAAUCUCGCAGUGAGUUUCGAAGUCGGGCCUUGGAGUUUCUUCGAAAGCCAUGUGAAAAGGGAGAGUACGCGACUCUUCGCAAGGAACUCCAAGCAGGAAACUACUUUGAAACCUAUCCAGAAUUUUCAAGGCUACUCGGAUAUUACCGUUACCAACGAGGAAAGCUCCUGACAAUAGUCCGUGCAUUCCACUUUUGGAUCAAGAAUAUGAACCAAGAAGGAUCUUUCAAACCGUGGGAAGAUGACGAGUGCCUGGCGGUGGAGCCACCGCCUACAGACGCCGGAAUGUGAGACAUCCAGCCGCAGCGAAAGUCGAACUGACAGACAGGAAGAUGGAGAUUAACCUGUGUUAAAACAAAGACCAAUUUACCUUGUGUUGCAGACUUGCGACUUCCAUUUAGUAUUUCUUAACUGCAAUGACCUCUGAAUUCUGAUUUAUUAUCUGUGUGAAUGUUGUGGGGAUGAUGGUGAUUU